AUGGCCAAGACAUCUAUCAAGCUCAACUCGGGCUAUGAAAUGCCCCUUGUCGGAUUCGGAAUCUGGAAGGUUCCGGUCGACAAGACUGCACAGGCCGUUUACGAUGCCAUCAAGCUCGGCUACCGACAGAUCGACGGUGCAUACGACUACACCAACAGCAAAGAGGCUGGCGAGGGUGUUCGUCGCGCCAUCGAGGAGGGUAUCGUCAAACGUGAGGAUCUCUUCAUCACCUCGAAGCUGUGGAACAACUACCACAAGUACGAGCACGCCAUCGAGAUGGCCAAGCACGAGGUUGACACCUGGGGCAUUGGCUACCUCGACCUGUUCCUGAUCCACUUCCCCAUCUCCCUCGAGUACAUCUCGCACUCCAAGAUGCCCUACCCCUGCUUCUGGCCCGACCGCGAGAGGAGCCGCAGCACCCCUCUGCAGUACACUCCCGUUGCCGAGACGUGGUCCGCCCUCGAGAGCCUAGUCAAGACCGACUCCAACCCCGACGGCAUCCUGCGCUCCAUUGGCGUUGCCAACUUCCGCGCCCAGCUGCUCUACGACCUGUGGGGAAGCGCCAAGAUCAAGCCCGCCGUCAACCAGAUCGAGCAUCACCCGUACCUGGUCCAGCCCCAGCUGCUCGCCAUGCUCAAGGACCACAACAUCGCCAUCACCGCCUACAGCUCCUUUGGACCCCAGAGCUUCGUCGAGCUCGACCACCCUCGUGUCAGCAAGGUCGAGCCCCUCUUCACCCACCCCACCAUCAAGGCCAUCGCCGACAAGCACGGCCGGACCGGCGCCCAGGUCCUGCUGCGCUGGGCCACCCAGAGGGACAUUGUCGUCAUCCCCAAGAGCAACAACGUCGACCGCCUCAAGCAGAACCUCGACUGUGUCAGCUUUGACCUGACCGACGACGAGAUCAAGCAGAUCUCGGCCCUGGACUGCGGCGUUCGCUUCAACGACCCGGCUGACCUCAGCCCUCCCAUCUACAUCUUCGACUAA